AUGGAGUACCCAGACGAGGUCGAUGACCUUGUCCAAUUCAGACUGGACCAAUUCCUCGGCCAAUCUCAAGACAUUUUCACGCGCGUGCGAGACGAUCGUCGGUCAGAGAUCGAUUUCAUCCGUUUCGUAUUGGCAGGUAGGAUCGGGCCAGAGGCAGACGAGGAAGUCGACCAGUGCCGCAUCAUCCUGAAUGCCCAGCAAGACAUUCCCCAUGUUCCUCCUCGACCUGAAACCACCAUCACUCGCGACAUUGACUUUGUCAUCGGAUUAUCACGUUCGUUGCCUUACACAACGGCAUUGUCGGUCUGGCCCGUCCCUCCUUUCAAGGAGACUUUGAUAAAGGACAACCAUCUCAAGAGUCGCGCAUACGACCCUGAGUUGAUCAGCAUCGAGCCCUCAUCUCCAUGGGCUUUGCCCUCUGGUCUUUAA